GCAAGAUUCGAGCCACGACGGCAGGACGACGACCCAUUCAUCUUCGCAGCGCCAUCACACGUACGAACACACACGACUUGCAUCCCACCGCCAACGAUGCCGAGCUCCUGUCAAGAGCUGCGGGACGCGCUCGCGCAGUGCCUCCAGGAGUCGGACUGCGUCAUGGUGCACCGCAACAAGGCGUCCGACUGCCUGCGCGAGCCGCUCGUCGACACGCUCCCGACGCGGUGCCAGCAGCUCAAGAAGGGCUACGGCGACUGCAAGCGUGGCCUCGUCGACAUGCGUAAGCGCUUCCGCGGCAACAUGCCCGUCACGUACCGCGCGACCGAGGGCGCAGAGGCCGACAAGGGGUACCAGCUGUACGCGGGCAGGUCGGCGUUUGCGGGCGGCGUCAAGGAGACGAGCGGCAACGAGCCCAUCGAGCCGGACUGGCGCGACGUGGAGAAUGAAAAGUUUCGGCAGCAGCAGCAGCAGCAACAGCAGCAGCAGCAGCAACAGAAACAGAAACAGGGCGGCCAGAGGUGACGGAUGGGUGAUGCCAACAAACCCACCGAGGGGGCGUGACUCGAAAGGCGAGACGAGCGACAUUGGGACGGCGUUUUGGUGUUUCGACGACCUAUAUCACAGCAUGGGGACUAUAUCGAACUGAGGGACUGGGGUAGAGCGACGGCGGCCUCCAGAGGGGAGCCUCUUGACAUGUGCGGCCGUUCUGGAUCGCAUCUCUCACCGAGCACAACAUCUGCAUUAUACCUGUACACUAUGCGCCGAGGCAGAGAGGCGUUCUGCAAGGAGCUUCAAUGGCACACGCUGCUCAACCACAGACGGCAAUUCUCGUUGAGACAAAUAUGAGGAUGACUCUUGCUGCGUACUAUACCUCGGCAGCAUGGAACUGCAUGCCAGCGCAGAGUAAUCAGCUCCCAAGACAGCCACGCGCGCACCCGCCCAGCCCAGCGCGCCGCAUGAGAAGCGCGAUGCUAUGUAGUCCCCCAUCUUCAUCCCUAUUAGAGGCUGAAGACUACGCAGCAAGCGUACUCUAGCACCGCGCCCCGCAAGUAUCCUAUCCCGGAACAAAAUCAACCCCAGCUUGGUGGCAUCAAUAGUUAUGGCGUCGCAGACCUCGCAGGCGCGAGAAGGCUAGCGAGCCGGUCUACCCGUCCGCGCCAGCAACAGCUGAUGAGGGGCUCGAUGCCCACUAGACGAGGG